AGUAGCCCUAAUUCCUCGCGUGUCAUGCCGUUCCUCCCUAACGAUUCCACCUCGAAAUCGUCCCCGUCGCCACGACCGAGGCGUUGAAGUCACCGCAUCCCAUUACACGCUGGCGCUAUAUCGAGCGAAACAUCGGUAGCGAAGCAGGUAGUAUCGCGUAUAGCAUGGACGGCACGCGGCGCAGCAGCCGCGGCCGCGAGUUGAAGCGCGUUGCUUUCGACGACGCGUUUGAGUCCGCGGCUCCGAAGAGGCGCUUCAACGUCCCUGCGCUCGACGGCGCGGAGCCGCUCAGUCCGCGCGCCAUCCCCGCGCGAUCCAAGUCUAGGAUCGCGCACUCCGCCAGCUCUCGCGCCAGCUCCGCUGCGAGCGAGCACUCCGCCAGGAGCGCGCAUGGCGCCGGGGUAAGCGCCGCGAGAGCCGCUCCCAUCUCCCCGCGGUCUCCUAGGAUGACCAUAACAGCCGCAGCAGACGCGCCUUUAGCGGGGAUGGCGGCGGCAUUAGCGGGGUCAGGAGUCGCAGGUCCCGCUGUUGGAACCCCUUCUGUCGCCGUUGCAGGAGAAGGCACUGCUGCCCCUGCUGCUGGAACCCCUGCCGCUGGAACUCCUGCCAGCAGCGCCGUUGGCGUCGCCGCAGGUGGCGGGACGGGCGGCGGAUCACACGGAUCCACUAUUAGGUCGGGAAGGCGGGGGAACUUGCGAGGAAGGCUCGUGACGACUGCGGUUUCAGGCGGUUUGCCUGAGGGAGUGAUACCCAGCAGUGGGUUGGCCAAUAACGGGUUGGCUACAGGCGGAGAUCCCAGCUGUGCGGCCAGCAGAAGCGCGGCGAGAGAUGUAGGAGGCGGCCUGAUGGGCGGUUUAGAGAGUAAGGGGACUGUGGAGCCGGCUGAGAAGGAGAGGCGCAUGUUAGCUGGGGCUCACAGUCGACCUGAAGGGAGGAAGAGAAGGGCAGAGGAGGAGGGGGAGCAGCGGGAGGAGGGGGAGGGGGAGGGGGAGGGGGAAGGGGAAGAGGAGGAGAAGGUGUUUUCUGGCAGCUUUGGAACGGGUGCGCUGGAGGAGCUGGAGUGGCGGAUGGCAGCGCUGCAACAGAGACACGUGAGGCUGCGCCAGAGAAUGCUGGGGCAUGCAUUCAUGACCCGGGUGGCUCGGCUGCAGGGCGAGUUCGAGCAGCAUGCACAGCAUUGUGACAUGCUGCCCGCCACAGCGGCAGCAGCACCACCACCACCACUAGACGAACCAGCAACAGUAGCAGCAGCAGCAGGAGAUACGUCAGCAGCAGCAGCAGCAGCAGCAGCAGCAGCAGGAGCAGCAGAAUUACUGUCGGCUGCACCAUCAGAAGCAUCAGCAUCAGCAGCAGCAUCACCCGCUGUGUGGUUUUCUCGUCAGUGGUCCUCCCUCCUCUCCCGCCUCGCCCCCUCUUCACCGCCAGACGCUGCCCCCGCCCACACUGCUGCUGCAGGCGGUGCUGGAGAUGCAGCUGAGGGUGCGGAGGGCACUGGCAGAGGGGCAGCUGAGGGUGCGACAGAGGUUGGUGCUGAGGGUACCGCCAGAGUAGCAUAUCACACUGCUGCUGCAGGCCGUGCUGGAGAUGCAGCUGAGCCUGAGGGCGCUGCCAGAGGAGCGGUGGAGGUUGCAGUGGUGGGACCAGGAGAGAUAGGUGCUGAGGGAACUGCCAACACGGCAGCUCGCACCGCUGCUGCAGGCGACACUGGGAAUGCUGCUGAGGGGGAGGAGGGCACUGCCAGAUUGGCGGCGGAGAAAGCAACUGAGGGUGCAGCAGAGAUUGGUGGCGCUGAGGGUACCGCCAACAAAGCAGCUGAGAAUUCUGGUGGGGGUACUGCCGAAGGUGUUGUUAAAGGAGGUGAUAUGGCACGUGGUGCGGGGAAUGGCACACUGCGUGCUGAGGGGAGGGGAAGGGAGUUGGGUGUGGGCAGCGGAGUAGAGGGUGGGGAAAAAUUGGUGGGAGAAGAAACAGCAGAUGGAGGCAUGUCCAAAGACGUUGUCAAAGGAGAUGAUCGGGGAAGAGGUGAGGGGGUGCCUGCACUGCGGGGUGAGGGGAGGGAGGAAGGGCAGAUUGGGGGAGAAGGCGAAGGAAAGGUUGUUGUGGGCAGAGCAGGGGAGAGUGGGGUGGGAGAAAGGGAGAGAAGGGGAGAAGUAACUGGUUCAUUGGGUGCUGCUGUCGAAGCCCCUGCUGCUGGUGUUCCUGCUGCUGCUGCUGCUUCUGGGGUUGGUGCCUUGGUGGCUGGUUCUGGUUCUAAGGAUAGUUCAGUGCCUAACACUGGCGCAAAUGCUGGGGAGGAUUGGACGGGAGGGGUUGUGGAGGGCUCUGAUUGGCUGAUGGCUGCUGCUAGGGGCUUCAUGGAGACUGCACUUGUUGUUGCUGAUGUGGAACUGGCUGUUGCUGAUGUGGACAUUGCUGAUGCUGAUGUGGACACUGCUGUUGCUGAUGUUGGCACUGCUGGUACUGAUGUCAGCACUGCUGGUGCUGAGGUGGACGAAAGGGGAAGCAGACUGGAGAGAUCAGAGAGGGAUGUGGAGUGGGAUGAGAGGACAGGCGAUGGGAGUGGCGAGAAGGAGGCAGAUGGUGAGGCGAUGGGGGUGGUAUGUGGUGAAGGUAUACAUGGGGAGAGGAGGGAAGGCGAGGGGGUGGAGGGUGGUGGUGGAGGGGAGUUGAGGGAGGUGGAGAGAGGAGUGGUGGCAGAGGGAUGGGCAGAGGAGCGGAUUGAAGAUGUUGGGAGGAAUAUGGAUGUUUUUGAGUUGACUCAAAAGCAAAUGGAAGUGACAGAGGAAGAGAGCGCGAAGGGGGUAAAACGGUUGAAAGAAGAGGAGAGAGGGAUGGUUGCAGAGGGGAAGAGCGGGGAAAGUGGAGAGAAGGCGGAGGGGGGGGAUGGAGAAAGGCUGGAGAGAGGUGUGGGGGAGAGAGUGAAGGCGGGAGCGCAAGUGAGGAUGGAAGCAGCAGCAGAGACUUGUGUGCGUGCAGCCGCACGACCUACAGCAGUGGCAGCAGCAGCAACAGCAAUAGCAGCAGCAGCAGAAGGUGCUGCUGCUGCUGCUGCUGUGGCGACUACUGAAGUGAAAGCAGAAGAGGAGGAAGGAGAGGGCGAAAGGGGAGGACAAGAUGAAAGGGGUGCGGCAGAUGAAAGGGCAGAGGAAAGGGCAGAGGAAAGGGCAGAGGAAAGGGCAGAGGAAAGGGCAGAGGAAAGGGCAGAGGUAAGGGCAGAGGAAAGGGCAGAGGAAGGGAAAGGAGGCGGAGAUUCGGGUGGAGGGGAGGGGGGAGAGGUUGUGAUGCACACUGGGAGGGGAUUUGGGUUCAAAGGUGAAGGGCUGGCCAUGCUUCUGGCGGACAGGGAUCAUGUGCUGCUGCGCGUUGACACCGCCUUCCAAGGGACGCCUAAGGAGAGCUUCUUCUGCUCCUUGCACCAGGAGCACACCCCCCCAGAGCACCCCCCCCCAGAGUACACCCCCCCAGAGCACACCUGUCUGGAUCACAUCCAACCACAGCAUCGAGGAAAGCGCAUUGCUCACUUAGAAAGCGCCGAGGGGAAACAGCAAGAGGAAGACAGAGAGACGCGCAGGGGACUUUAUGAUGCGACACGUGGCGGGCUGAGAUUGGUGGAGUCUAGCGUGCCUCCUUUUCUCCCUAUCAGCCAGUUGGAGCAGGAGUUUCUGCCACGUCAGCCUCAGCUCUUCGCGUCUCAUCUGGCCCGUGUGCUUAGCUGCUUCGUCUCACGAAGGGGGCAGUUGGAGCAGGCCUGCGAGGUCCACAGCAAGCCCCUGGCUCAGCUCUACCACGACCCCGCACACACAUGCGCGCAUCUCUACUUCGUUGCUGCCGCCUGCCAUCUCUCGGUUCGCCUCUCCUACCCUCCCUCUGCCUCCCUCCCCUCCCAUGCCACUGCCAUGGCAUGGCCCUGCACCCCCUCCGCGCUCUCCCUGCUUCAAACCAAGCGAGCCGCUGCUGCUGCGGCUGCGCUUGCUUCUGAGGCUACAGCCGGUGCUGCUGCGGCUGUAGCAGGGUCUCUGCCAUCCGUCUCCCACAAGAGGAAAGCAGCAGCAGGAGACGGGGGGGGCGGAAGCAGCCACCGUGCCAAGUCGCACAGGUCGCACAAGGCGAGCGGGUCUAGCAGGCCGAGCAAGUCUCGUCGCAAGAAAGCGCACCGGGCGCGGUGGUACCGCUCUAAAAGUUCUAGGGUUAACAGACACGGUGCAGCAAGUGUGCCGGUGGGAGGCGUGGCAGUUCACGAGGCUGCUUCUGUCGGGGUGGAGGUGGAUGAGUGGGUGGGGGAGGAGAGGGGAGGAGGAGAGGGGGAAAGUAUUAAAGUGGUGCUGGGUGUGGUGAAAGGGGAGGAGGAUGAGGAGGUGGAGGUGAGGGAGAGAAGAGAGGUGAGAAACGGAUCAGGGAUCGACGAGAAGGUAGAUGUGGUGAAGGGAGAAGAGGACUCAGAGGUGGAGGAGGUUAGGGCGGUACAGGAAGUGAGGGGCGUGGGGGAGAAACCGGAGGUGGAAGGAGUAACACAUGGGGAGGCGAUUACAGAGGUGGAGGAGGUUAGGGUGGUACAGGAAGUGAGGGGUGUGGGGGAAAUGUCAGAGAUGGGAGGGAAAACGGAGGUGGGGGCAGCAAGGAUGGUGCAAGAGCAGAAGAUAGAGGGGGAAGCAGAGUCUAGGGAAGCAGAGUCUAGGGAAGCAGAGUCUAGGGAAGCAGAGUCUAGGGCAGCAGAGUCUAGGGCAGCAGAGUCUAGGGCAGCAGAGUCUAGGGCAGCAGAGUCUAGGGCAGCAGGGUGGCAAGGGAGAAAGGCUGUGUUCGUGAGAGGGGUGGCAGCGGAUGACGAAUUGCUGUCAGUCACAGCUGUUCCAGAAGCAGUAACUGGAUCAGUGCCACCGCCACCAUCAGCAGCAGCAGCACCAUCAGCAGCAGCAGCACCAUCAGCAGCAGCACCACCAUCAGCAGCAGCAGCACCAUCAGCUGCAGCACCACCAUCAGCUGCAGCAAUACCAUCAGCUGCAACCCGAAGCGUUUCCCCUUCAGUUACACGCGUUGUGCCACCGCCGGCCUCAGCAGCAGCUCCGUCAGCAGCAGCAACAGGAAACGCACCACCUUUUGGGGUUGGAGGGGUGAACGAAGAGGGAGUGAUGAAUGUGGCAAAAGAGGCGGCAAAAGUGGCAGCUGAUGUUACUGCUGCGGCUAAUGCGCUUGCUGCGGGUGGGAGGGGUGCUGCCAGCAGCAUUCCUGUAGCAGGGCAGCGCGGGGGCCUAGGGCCAAGCAUAAUCGAUGAGGAUACACAGAGGGUAGGGCAAGAGGCAGGAAAGGGAGAGCAGGAAGCAGCUGCUGCAUCGAGCCCGUUACCUGCAGUUGCAGAAGCUUAUAUGGAAGAUAAGAUGGCGUGGGAACGAGGCUUGGAUGUGAAAACCGUUGGAGGAGAGAUAAGGGAAGGGAUGGUGGAGGGUGUGUGUGUGGUGGACGAAAGGAGAGAAGGUGGGAUGGAAGAAGGGAGGAUACGUGGCGAGAAGCGUGGGAGAGGGGAAACAGAAGAAGCAGCAGCAGCAGUAGCAGCAGAAGCAGCAGAAGCAGCAGAAGCAGCAGCAGAAGCAGCAGCAGGAGGCGGCAGAGGGUAUCUGCGCACAAAGUUGAGCAGCUAUGGAGUUGAGGUUCCAGAUUCAGCGGAAAAUUAUGAGGGGACAGACGAUGAUGCCAUGCGAGCAGGCAUGGAUGCCAGAGGGAUGGAAGGCACUGGCAAUGGCAUGGGCAUGGAGAGUGGCAUGGGCAUGGGUAGAGGCAUGGGGCUGCGUGUUGAAGAGCAGGAUGGGAAGGACACAGGAAGCGGCGGGGGUGGAGGCAAGGGGCUGGAAGCCAAAGGUCGCAUGCACACGGCCACAGGCACAGGGGAAAGCUGGAGGGAAGUGGAUCUGUUUCCCCACGAGGCUGACUGGCUGCUUGCUGACGACGAUGCCUCGACUGCCCUUCCCACUCCAAGGGAGAGUGCAGCCCUGUAUGAGGCUCUCAAGGGAGACCCAGCUACUCACCAGUACACCCCCGUUCGGCUGGUUGCUGCUGAGGCCGUCUUGCUACAGAAGAUGCUUCCCCUGGCCAUCACACAAACCUUGGCUCUGGCGCAUGCCUUCUUCUCCACUCCGGCCUCUCUUCCUGCUUCCAACCACAUCCCACCACCACACUCCCUCCCUCUACGUCCGUCACCUCCCCCUCGUUCCCCACUCGGUCCGCCUCCCCCUUUCUCCCUUCCUCCCGCUGCCCCUUUGUCCGCUCUGGGUCCUGUGGAAGAGAUUUUGGUGGCGGCUCACAAGUCAUUCUUCUCCCCUCGGCGUGGUCAAGACCAAGAUAUGGCUGCAACAGCAGCAACAGCUGCUGCUGCUGCUGCUGCUGCCAGUUCUGCUUCCGCUGCUGCCGCUGCUCCUGCUUCAACUGCCUCUGGCCGCAUUCGUGAGCUGAGUUCCCAUGCUACUGCUUCUCUUACCGCUGCCACUGCCCCUGUUGCUGCCUCAACUGCCUUUGUCGCACCUGUUGCAUCUGCUGCUGCUGCUGCUGCUGCCGCCUCUCUCACAUCUGCUGCUUCCACCCCUCCAGUACCGCCCCGCCGCCCCUCCCACACUCGCUCUCGCCUCGCCACUCGCCCCACCACCCGACUCAGCAACCUGCUGGCUGCUACUGCCACCACUCCAACAGCAGGCGCACCUCUCGACACCCCACCCCCACUGCCUUCUCCUAGCGCCCCUGCUGCUGCUGCUCCUGCUGCUGCAAGGACCACCAGUGCUUUGCCUGGAGCAGAGGCAGCGGUGGUGGCAGGAACUCGGAUGAGCGUGAGGCUGCAGCAGAAGAUGCUGGCUCUUGCUGCUAUUGACGCCCCUGCAUCCGCUGCUGCUGCUGUCGUGACUUCUGCCCGUGCUCCUCCUCCUCCUGCUGUCUCUCUUCCUGCUCCUUCUUCUCCUGCUCCUCCUCCUGCUGCUCCCCUUCCAGCUGCUGCUGCUGCUGCUGCUGCUGCCCCAGAUACUGCCCCUCAUGCUCGCCUCUCUGCCCGCUCCCCUGUCUCCCCGCGUCGCCAAGGCGCAAUAAGGCAUGGAGCGCCUGCUGCUCCUCCUCCUGCUGCUCCUGCUCCUCCUGCUGCUCCUCCUCCUGCUGCUCCUGCUCCUCCUGCUGCUCCUCCUUCUGCCGCAGCCAUGCCAUCGCCACGUGCUGCAGCGGUGCAAUCGCCACUUGCUGGAGGCAUGGCAGGGGAUGCUGGAGUGGGGGCACCAGGGGGGGUGCUUUCACCACAUGCACGUGGGCAUCGCACCCACAUGCAUGCUGCAUCAUCUAGACACAUGAGAACUGCUCACUAUGCAUCGUUGUCUGCACAUGCCGCACCAUCACAUGCCGCACCAUCACAUGCUGUGCCAUCACAUGCUGCACCAUCACAUGCCGCACCACCACAUGAAACAGCUGUGCAAGCUGCAGUGGGCAGUAUUGAAACACGACAAGCAGGAGACACACCAUCACUCCAAGCGCCUCCAACCACAGAAUCAACACAUACGCAUGCACUGUCUGUACCAUCAAGACUUACCCAUGCACCAUCUGCACAAUCCGCCCCAUCUGUAGCGCAAUCUGCCCCAUCUGUAGCACCAGCUGCCCCAUCUGUAGCACCAGCUGCCCCAUCUGUAGAACCAGCUGCCCCAUCUGUAGGACCAGCUGCCCCAUCUGUAGUACCAGCUGCCCCAUCUGUAGCACCAGCUGCCCCAUCUGUAGGACCAGCUGCCCCAUCUGUAGCACCAGCUGCCCCAUCUGUAGCACCAGCUGCACCAGCCUCAACACACCUGCCAUCGUCGAAUGUACCCUCGGCCUCGCAUGCAGCAUACGCAAGCACACCAGCAGCAGUACCUCAUACCACCUUACCUCAUACCACCUUACCUCAUACCACCGUACCUCAUACUAUCUCACCUCGCGCCACCAUACCACAUGCCAGCCUAACCCCUUCGCCUCGUGUUUCCUCCUCAUUUACCCCAGCACUCCCCACAUCACAGCCACGCACCCCCAUUCCUCCAGUCGAUGUUCCUUCACCAGUCAACCCUGCACCAGUCAACCCUUCACUAGUCAACCCUUUACCAGUCAACCCUUCACCAGUCAACCCUGCACCAGUCAACCCUGCACGAGUCAACCCUUCACCAGUCAACCCUUCACCAGUCAACCCUUCACCAGUCAACCCUGCACCAGUCAACCCUUCACCAGUCAACCCUUCACCAGUCAACCCUUCACCAGUCAACCCUUCACCAGUCAACCCUGCACCAGUCAACCCUUCACCAGUCAACCCUUCACCAGUCAACCCUCCUCCAGGCAAACCCAAUCUGGUGAACCCUCCUCCAUGCAACCCUGCUCCAGUCAACCCUUCCCAGCCAGUCAGCUCAUUUCAAAGAAAUACUGCCCCAGUUAACCAUACACCAGGUGACCCUGCACCAUUCCAUCGUACCCCAGUCAACUCGAUCCCAGCCCAGCCCCCGCCUGCGUCUAUCGCAUCACCCCGCCUGCCAGCCACCCCCACUGAUCCGUUUUACCAACCCUCCAUCCCCUUCCAGCCACGUCCCUCUCAACCUCCUUCCCUCCUCUCCUCUGCUCCUCCCCCUUCUUCUCCCCCCUCUGCUCUUCGCUCUGCCACCAUCUGGAGCUCCAUUCCCCCCUCUGCUGCUCUGCUACAGACUCGCACAUAUCCUGCCCUAACUGUCACCCGAGCCUCUCUUCCCCCUUCCACCUCGCAACAGACUCGCUCAUAUGCUGCCCCUGGCCAGCCCUUGAUCCCACUCUCAGCACCUGCUCUUGCUGCCACCACUACCAGCACCACUGCUAGCACCAGCAUCACUCCCACCCGGCAGCAGCAGCAGCAGCAGCAGCCGAGCUUUACCCACCAACUUCCAAGGCUCAAGCCCACACUCUGGGUGCCAAACCUCACUGCGUCUGUAGCCCCUCCCGUCCACCCCUCGGCUCUACGGCCCUGCGUUGAGGCGCCUGCAGCCUCGGCUCUCAGGGUAGUUGCAGAGGUCCCUCAGGGCCCAUCUGGCUUUGAGACGUCUCAAAACUUGGAGGGCCCUCAGGGCUAGUCUGCGCGCUCUCCCCUGCUGCCAGCCAUGCAGCCUGUGGCGGCACUGCCUCUUGCAGCUGGUCUGCCUGUACUCACACAGACUCAGCCUCCCCUUUCAGUGGCAUCUCCACCCAUCCCUUCACUCACACAACCCCAGCCCAUCUCUGCAAUCAGGCUUCCUCGGGUGUUACCCGUUCACAUGCCUCCCCCGUUUCUCACACCACCACCUGCACCGGCCACAGCCUGUACUAGACCCUCCCUUACCGACAACAGUGCUCCUUCUACUGUGUCUGCCGCUUCCCCUGUAACCGCAGCAAGCAUUGAUGCGGCUGCGCCUGCUGUGACUGCUGCUGCCAGGGCAACAGCUGAGAUGGCUUUCCCGUUGCUCACACUACCUCGUGCAGCAGGCACGGCCAGCACACUCUCCCUUACCGGCAGCAGAGCUGCUCCCACAGCAGCUUCCGCGUCCACCACUGCCGCUGUAAGUAGUCAUGCUGCUGCACCUGCUGCGACUGCUGCGGCUGCUGCUGCUGCUGCGGGGGCCGCUGUUGCCGCUUACAGCUCCUCUGAGUGCAUUAUCGCCAGUGGCCCUGCUGUUUCGUCACAAGCCACACCUAACAUUGCUGCUACAUCCGGUGUUCCUGCUUCGAGUGGUGCUGUUGUGACAAGUGUUGCUCCUGCUACAGUCGGUGCAGCUGCUGCAGCUGAUACAGUUACUGCCAGUACCGAUCAAGCAGUCGUGCUGCCACCAAUGCCAGCUAGCGCUCCUGCAAUUGCAGGUGGUACUUGUUGGGCUGAGAAAAAGCCCUUAGGAUCUUUUACAGAGACUAAGUCCCAGCUGUAGAGACUUGAGACUUGGAGUAGUGCAGCGGAAGUUGAGGCAGUUGAACCCUUGUACUAGUAUGUG